AUGCUUCUCCGGCGGCUUUACCGCGACGCGAACCGGUCCGAACGCGUGCUCAACAUGCCCAUACCCGUUAUAGCGAAGAAGCGGGAAGGGACGCAGGAGCUUAAAGCGCGGCGGAAGGUGCGGCGCGGAGCGAACUACUGGAUCCGCCGCGGGCUGGGCGUGGCAGAGCGGAAGGGCGAGGGGGAGGAUAAGCCUAUCUUAGUGGUGGAAAGCGCCGUCGAGGUGCUUGGCUGCGCUGCGGACGUCCGCGCGCUCGCCGGUUCGCUGACUCGCGACCUAAACUUCUUUCACGGGCAGCUGCCCGCCGUUUUCCCGGAAGAAACUAAGGCCGCGGAGGGCGUGGCGGACGUGGUGCGCACGCUCGCGCAGCGGCUCGAGGAGCUGGCGGAUCGAAUCGAGGCGUCACUGUCCGCGGAGCAGCGGCGCGAGGUGGAGGAGGAGCUGGAGGCGCAGGCACUGCAGGAACAGAUGGACAAGGAGGCGAACGUGCAGGAGCGGGUGCUGCGGCGCCUGGGCGGGCUGUCCAACACGAGUGCCAUUCUGGAUCGUGUCAGGCAGAGGAUAGCGUCUGUGGACAUCUCAUUCGGAGACUUCAGCAUCGACCUGCCCACCAUCAAAGGGGCGGGAGGGAAGGCGGUGCGCACCCUGGUGGACACGUGGCGGCGUCUGAAUGGCCGCCCGCCCACCACGGAGCUGGAGCCCCUGGCAUCUGGCCUGCCGCGACCCGAUUCAACGGGCGAUAAAGAGGAGGAGAAGAAGCUCAAGCUUCUGCUGGAGGUUGAGGCCCUGGACAAGCGGCUGAACGAAGCAAUUCGCAGCAGGGAGCAGCGGCUGCGGCAGAGGAAUGUGCUCGUGAGGGCGAGGCUUGCACGCGAGAUCAAGGCGCUGGAUGAUGAGGUGAACGAGUUGCGCAAGGAGCUGGCAGUGCGCACGCUGCAGCUGCAGAUGCAGGUCAUUUACAUGUUCCUGGAGCAGGAGCUGCUGUUUGCUGCCGACUCCCAGGACAUGCGGUCAGACGAGGACGAGUCUCUCCUCGUGGCGGAGUACGGGCUGCUCGAUGCUGACCUGGCACGCCUGCGCACGGCUGUGGACAGAAACGAGGCGAUUCUUAUCGAGGAUGAGGAGCUGGAGGCGCUGGCGAUCGACAUUCCUGACCUCAAGUUCCGUCUGGGUAUAAUGGAGGAGCCAUCAGUGCCGCUGCAGCAGCGAGCACAGAUGACAAUGGAGGAGGCCAAAGGCAAGGUGGGCGAGGGGGCGUCCUUCUUCUGGCGGGGCGUCAGGCUGUUGGCUGGCGAUGUGGCGUAUUCGGCGCGACUCUUCUGGGUCGCUGCUACCGGCACCACGCUCAAAGCCAGAGAGGUGCAAACCCUGCGACGCACGGCCACAGAUCUGUUGGUCGUGAUCCCCUUCGCCAUCAUCCUCAUCGCGCCCAUCACCCCGGUGGGCCACGUGGCAGUCUUUGGCUUCCUGCAGCGCUACUUCCCCGGUUUCUUCCCCUCCGCCUUCUCCUCGCGCCGGCAAGAGGUGAUGGUCCGUUAUGAGAACCUCAAGCUACAGAUGGCUACCGCCUCGGGAUCUGAGAAGGAGAAAGUCCAGGCCAUGGCUGCUGCAGCGGCCACUGAGACCUUCGAAGCCUCAGAAGAGGAUUCAGCAGGAGGAGGAGGCAUGGGGAUGCACGGGGGAGUGGGAGGAGUCGUCGAGAAUUUGGAGAGACGAGCGGGCGAAGCUGCUGCUGCUGCAGGAGAAGCUUCCGGGAAUCUCCCGCCUGGUGUCAAGCCUGAGGGAAGCGGAUGGGAGGAGAGAUGGGGAGGCGGGGGAGAAGGCGGAGGGAGGGCUGGCUUCGUCCCUGCAAGCCUUGGCCUCACCUCUUUUGUCAUCUUCUGCUGUUACAUCCUCCCCAUCCCCCUCGUCAUCCCUUUCCUCCCCCUCUUCCUCUGA